AUGGAACUGGCCAAUGAAACUGAAGUAACAGAAUUCGUUUUGCUGGGAUUUGGAGGUGGACAGGUGAAGCGUUUGCUGCUGCUCCUUUUUUUGACUGUUCUUUAUGUGCUCACUUUGGCUGAGAAUCUGACCAUUAUCACACUGGUGGUUCUAGACUCGCACUUGUCACGACUUCCCAUGUAUCUCCUUCUAAGCACCUUCUCCUGGCUGGAGAUGUGCUACAUGAGUGCCACUGUACCCCGCAUGCUCUUUGAUCUGGUGUCCCCUCAUGGGACGAUCUCUUUCCAGGCUUGCUUCUUCCAGUUCUACAUCUUUUUCUCUCUUGGUGCAACAGAAUGUUUAUUCCUCUCAGCCAUGGCAUUGGACAGGUACUUGGCCAUAUGCCACCCACUGCGCUACCCACAAAUUAUGUCCCAGGAUGCCAGCUGUGCUCUGAUGGCUGCUUGCUGGAUCCUUGGCUUCCUGUGGAACAUUGUCCCAGUAACUGUGAUCUCCAGGAUGUCCUUCUGUGGAUCCAACACCAUCAACCAUUUGUUGUGUGAUCCUGGGCCACUCCUGUCUCUUGCCUGCCCCCCACUUGGAAAUGCUCCUCUCAUCCACCAGGUUUUUGUGAAUGUUAUGGUUUUAGGCAACUUAUUUUGCAUUCUGUUGUCCUAUGGCACUGUGGUUUUCACACUGAUGAAAACCUCUAACCAAGGCAGUCGUAGGAAGGCUUUCUCCACCGUAUCGUUCCAUCUAAUAGUGGUGAGUAUUUUCUAUGGUUCUGUGGCAGGAGUAUACUUAGCUGCUCCAGGUGGAGAAAGCCACUCAGAUGUGACAAAGGCAGCAACACUCUUCUACACUGCUAUCACACCUUUCCUCAAUCCUCUGAUCUAUUCUCUGAGGAAUGAUCAGAUGAAAGAGACUGCGGGAGGUUGUUGA